GUUCAGUUGUUUGGAGCGGUGAACGUGGCGCGAUUCGUUGGUCGGCCAUAGACGCGGGAUAAGUUUUGCAUUGAAAGUGUGCGAAUUGAGUGCAAAUUCUUUGUUUUUAGUGUGCUGCACUAUCUCAAUCGCGUCGUUACGGUCCAAUUGCUGCAGCAACGGCAGAGUGUUUGUGUGGGGUCCACCAACUUAGGACCUGAUCAUUCGAGCAGGGAGACCCGGUUCUUGGACCGUGAGGCCAAGUCCGAUGACAUCGCGGGUCCGCGCUGCUGUUCCGGAACCGCUGUUUGACUGUUACGACGGCAGAAAGCGCGGGGAGACCGAGUCGAUCUCCAUGCGGUGCCUAGUGCUGUUAUUUUUACUUCUGUAGGGUCGAAUACCAGAAGUGAAAUGUUGUAAAAACAGGCCCUCCUCGAGGGCGAUUGCUUGUAUGUGUGAUAACCACUCUUUUGGAAUAUCAUCGAGUUUAAAGAGUUGCGAAAAAAAGCAAGUGAAAACGUUGAUCUUUUCAAGUCGGUUAAAGUUGUUGCUCGUUUUUUUUAUCAUCAUGUUUUUUUGAUGUAUUACGAUGUCCGAAAAGGAACACGUUUGUGAAGUGCUCUUAGCAGAACUGGUAGGAGAGAAAACAGGGGGACCACCUCCCGAUUUGGACGGACGUGAAGAAAGCCGAGACACGGGAGAGACCUUUUGCAGCCAUGACGCGCGAAUGAUGGAUGAUGCGGUUGACUGAUGAUAGUCGUGGUGAUGAUGAUGAGGAUGAUUACGGCUGAAGUGACGAGAGUUUUUCAGACUAUGGCGAAAAUGUCGUCACCACCGUCGGUGAUAUGGAGUGUGACGGCAAAGGCGGUCAAAUCUUCCAUAGGUUUCUAUCUUUCUCGGAUUUGAUGUGGAGUUUGUUGGCAUGCGACUUUUUUGACGACCAUUUCACGAUGAGUUUCAACGUGAAAGAAUAGUCCUAACAACUAGUUCAAAAGAUCAAAGCUGGGCCCUCCAGGCCAAACAGACACACAAACAGACAACAAAAUGCUGCUCCUUCGGACGCCACUGGCUUCAAUCUCGAUCGAUCGUCACACCAACCAUAGUUACUCUGUGCACUCGCGUGAAUCUCGUGUCUUGACAUUUCAAAGUAUGUACAUACAACCGUCGCCGCCUGCUUGUUUGUUACCAUCGCCGACUUCUGGACCCGAUCUGAUGUGCAUGUGUUCACACAAGUGAAGGAAAAUAAUUACCUCAAUUUCAAUUCGAACAAACGAAAAAAAAACAGACGCAACUGGCCCGAAAAUGGGCUAGGCUAGUGUAGAAUGAGGAAAGAAAGGACCAAUUGACUAAGUGUGGAGCGUCCGAAGUCCGAAGACGAAGUGAACAAAGAAGACCUUCCGCAUCGAAUAGCAUAAGUGAGCGAAAACACAGAAGAAGACGAAAAAAAAAAGUUCAAAGUGUGUAGAACCGAUUAGCGUGUGAAGAAGGGGAAAUCAGCGAGAACGAGUGCUGCAGGGGUGGUGAAGUGGGGGCCUGGACACGGUUCACAGAAUUGUUAAUGGAUCGCAGCCCAGGAGGAGCAACAUCACACUCACCAUCAUCCGGCACUGGGAGGACCGGAUUACAGCAAAUCUUCUGUUUUGUUUUCUGGCGAACAGUGGUCUCUUGUUCCCACAUUGCCGGUCGUUGAAACCUUCGUGGAAACCUGUUUUUACCGGAGCUGCCGUAGCUGAAAAGUACUUCCCGUCAAAAACAACAAACACUGUCCGUCCAGAUGGCGGACUACUGCAGUAGCGGUGGCGGUGGCAGUAGCAGUCCGGUCAGCAGCAAUGGCGGAAGUUGCCUGGGUACCUUUCGACCCUCGGGCGCAUCUGUAGCGAUUGGCGUCUAUCCACAUCACAAGUUAGCCCAUCAUCACCAUCUCAACCGUCAUCACCUCCGGGUGAUUGCUCCGGCAGGCGGCGGUGGCGGUGCGGAGCAGGACGAACAGAAUGACGGUGGCCAUCGGCCGUCCACGGCAGCAAUGCUGGGAACGGUGGUGAUUGACCAUCGCGUACGGAUCAUUCGAUUGACGAGGCCCCAGAACUUUGACAGGCAUCAUCAUCUGCACGGUCCCGGUACCGGUGCUGGAGCUGGUGGGGGAAACGCAGGUGGUGGUGGUGGAAACUUUGGCUUUUCGAUUCGAGGAGGCUUAGAAUACGGGACCGGAUUUUUCGUUUCGGCCGUCGAAAAGGACAGCGAAGCUGACCGGCAGGGAUUGAAGGUUGGCGACCAGAUCGUGCGGGUCAACGGGUACCACGUGGAAGAUGCCGUCCACCGAGAGCUGACACAGUUCGUAGCCAAUCAGGAGCGGUUGGUACUGAAGGUGCGCAGUGUCGGAAUCAUUCCGAUUAAAGAACGCUCAGCUGAUCCGCUUACGUGGCACGUAAUUUCCUUCAACGGCAGCAGCAGCAGCACGAUGGUGGCAUCGUCUCGUUCGAACGGAUCUAGCGGCAACCAAAGUUCGCUGCCCCGUGUCGAACGGACCAGCUGCAGUAGUAGCAGUUCCAGCAGUACCGGGUCCGGUACCGUCGAUGAACUGCCACCGCCAGGACGUGACCUGAAAAUUAUGCUCUCGGUACCUCCGCAAACCAAGUUGGGAUGUGGCAUCUGCAAGGGACCGGACUGGAAGCCCGGCAUUUUUGUGCAGUUCACCAAACAGGGCGGUGUGGCUCGGGAAGCCGGGUUGCGACCCGGUGAUCAGAUUAUGUCCUGCAAUGGAAGAGAAUUUUCCGAAAUCACCUUUGCCGAAGCGGUUAGUAUAAUGAAGGCUUCGCAUGUGCUGGAACUGGUGAUCCGGCCCGGGGCCGGUAUCGACAUGUUCCCGGGAGAGUCUAGUGGGUACAACAGCAGUGCAAGCAGUGUCAACGGGGAUGCAAGUCCCUGUUGGGGCGAAUCGGCUGCCAAACGUUUGAGCAUGGUAAGAGAGGAAUCCGGUCCCAACGAACGGCUAGGGAGCGGCUCAAAAUCCGCUUCGAACAGACGAAACAAUACAACGAUUAUUGAAUUUUCUGAGAAUGGAACCGUGGUGAAUAGUUCUAACAGUUUGAGCAGAACCAAGCCGGAAAGUGAGGACAGAGGGAACGGCAAAAAGCUAGCCGACAUUAGCUUCGUGUCGAAGAAAAGUGAAACGAAAACGAUCAUCGUCGAGGUUCAUCGGAGCGCGUCAACAAAUUCGAUUGACACGGGAUUGUCACCUAGCUCAGGGUCCGCCACGUCUUCCGGACUGUCCAGCAACAUUCCACCUCCACCUCCAUUAUUUGCGGAUAAAAUUCCACCACCUCCACCGCCGAAUACCAACAACAACAACAGUGGCCUGAGCAGUGGAUAUUCGACCACCAACAGCGGCAGAUCUGCUGUCACGGGUCAACAGCGAAGCCCUUCUGCGGUUAGCUUAGCCGAUUCCAGUGCCAGCAGUGGCAUCGAUUGUGGCGGUGGCAGUGGCCUUGGCAGUGCAAUUUCCGAAGAAUUGAAACGAAGAGCGCAGAAGAAAGGAACCUCGACGGCUCUGGAGCCGGCCGCUGCGCUAACCGAACUGGAAAAUAGGCUCAAAGAAAAACGAUUCAGACCACCGAACAGUGGCGGAAGUGACGCGGCCAGACAUUCGGCACUGAUGGACGAAUUCCGGGCCGUACACAAGCGCAUGUUCAAGAACGGAUUCGACAAUGCCGAGCUGAAGAAAACACCUUCCAAAGACAAAUUACCAACGGACGACGGCAGCAGUACCGAAACGGUUCCGGUUGGGCCCGGCGGUAGAAACGGAAAAGGCACGAUGGGCCGAGUAGCUGAAGCCGAACAGGCCAAAGCGAACGGCGAUGUGGCGGAGCUGGAAUCGAUCGAAUCGUUCAAAAUGACCAAUCCAACACCGACAACGAUUCGACCACCGUCCUACUAUUUCUCCCCGCAGGCGACGGGACCACCGACCAUGAAGAAAACGCUGAAACCGAUUGCCGUCACGAUCAGCGAGUACAGCAGCAGUCUCGUCGGCCAGCGGGAUCACCAUCGAUCGUCGGGUGACGUAAAGUCCGGUACCACCGGCACCGUCAACGAGGAGGACGCCAUCAGUGCCUCGAUCGGCAAUCUUCGGAGCGAACUGGAAAAGACCCUGUCGAUGUCGAACCUUCGACUGCGCUGUGAAUCGCGUGAAAAUCUCGUCGAAAGGAUUCAAAUUGGACCCUGCGGACACCACCAGCAGGACCAGCAGGCCAAACUUAGCCGCAGUUCGUCGGUUGCCAACGGAGUUGGACGGAUCGGAGCGGGCAGCGGAUCGGCAGCGGCUAAAACGAUGUCCAACGGCAAUCGCAUAACAAUUGCCAUUUCCAACGAUAAAAAUUAAGCGGACUGGAUGAGAUUUUGCUUUUUUUUGCGUUAACAGUCGAUGGAUGAUUUAUUUAGGGCUAAAUAAAGAUCAGUUUUUUUUUUGUUUAACGAGAGAUUAUCGAAUCGACACGAGGAGUUUGUCAAUGGAAAUGUUUUCGCAAUGUAAAACUAGAAAACUGUAAGUUUUGGUAUUUUGUGUAAUGAAAUUACUUUUGUUUUGUGUAAUCUGUAUCGAAGAUAUGCUCAAAGGCUAUUAUUAAAGAUGUAUUUAUGUUUAUAAUUGUA